AUGGCGGGGGCUGGGCGAUGGCUGGAGGUGCUGGUGGUUAUGGCAGCACAGGGAGGAGGGUUGUGCGGCCAUCAGUCGGAGAACUUCCACUCUCCAUGCACUUCUCUUCUGCCUCAUCCAUUCUCUUCGUUCUCGCGCCUUCCUCAGCGGCUCUCUGCUUCCGUCCUCUCUCGACGGUCUGGGCAAGGGUUUGUCGUCGAUAGAAUCUAUGGAGGGGGUCAGCACGGGGAGGAAGAGCUGGAGCAAGCUUUCCGAGAUGAGCCAGAGUUUGUGCAGCAUCGACUGAAUGUCUUGGAGAGGGUAAAGGAAAGGAUCAACAAGGAAAGGGAGGGCUCAAGAGCUAGCAUACAGGUCUCAAUCAAAGGCGGCACCCAGUAUGCUGGAAUCGCUGGACAAACUACGCCCAAGGAAGUAGCACUUAAUGUCUCCAAAGAGAGACUGUCGGAGUUUGUUGUAGCGCUGGUGAAUGAUAACGUGUGGGAUUUGGAUCGACCUCUGGAAGCAGAUUGCAUGUUCUCAGCAUACGAGAGGACUUCAACUAUCCCUCCUCAAAGAGACGAGCAGGCAUUGGAGCUACAGCACAAAGCGCUCCUCGUCACGGGACCUCCGACGGAGGAAGGAUUCUUCUAUGAUGUCAGGCUUGCAAACGGCACAGCGAUAUCGAUGACAGAAAUUAAGGACUUGGAGUCCAAGGUCGCUGCGAUAAUCAAAUCGAAGCAGAAAUUCGUUCGAUAUGAAAUGCUAAAAGAAGAGGCGAUCGAGAUGUUCAAGUACAAUCCGUAUAAGCUCGACAUCAUCGCCCGCAAGGUGCCGGAUGGUGGAAGGUGUACGGCUUAUCAGUGCGGACCUUUGAUUGAUCUGUGUCGUGGCCCGCACGUCUCUCAUACAGGGAUCGUUAAAGCAUUCUCGAUCCAGAAGACAUCAUCCUCAUACUGGAAAGGGGACAGUAAACAAGAUGCAUUGCAGAGAGUUUAUGGGAUAUCCUUCCCGGACAAGAAGCGGCUCAAGGAUUAUGAGACUUGGAUCGAAGAGGCGAAGUCAAGAGAUCACAGAACGAUCGGGAGGGAGCAGGAAUUUUUCAUGUUUCACCCUUUAAGUCCGGGGUCGUGUUUUUUCUUGCCACAUGGGGCAAUUGUCUACAACAGGUGGGAUAUCAGCGGGCAUUCUGCUCAUUACAGCUGCUCAAAGAUAGGCAGAGAAAACAUGUUCCUGUUUGAAGAAAAGCACGACGGAAUGACAGAGAAAACCAAGGAUAAUGUAAAUCAAGAUGAACAAGGACAAGAUGGAAUCCAUAAAGGUCGCCAGUCUCAUCAGGAGACAUGCGAGACAAUUGGAUUGAAACCGAUGAACUGUCCAGGUCACUGUCUAAUCUUUGCAAGCAAGACUCGGUCCUAUCGUGAACUCCCGCUCCGUCUCGCAGACUUUGGAGUCUUGCAUCGCAACGAGCUGGCAGGUGCCCUCUCCGGGUUGACGAGGGUUCGGAGGUUUCAGCAGUGUCGUAAGAGAUGGUUUCUGCGAUAUACAGAGAUAUCCGACGUGCUCGAGUUUGUCAAGACCAUCUACUCUCGGUUCAACCUCGACUACCAUGUCUGUCUCUCGACGCGUCCAGAGAAAUUUGUUGGGGGUGUGGAUAAGUGGAACAUGGCGGAGAAGCAGCUUGAAGAUGCGCUGAAUGCCCAUGGAAAACAAUGGCAGCUGAAGCCCGGCGAUGGCGCUUUUUAUGGCCCGAAGAUCGACAUCACAGUCGUCGACGCCCUAAACAGAAGGCAUCAAUGUGCGACGAUUCAGUUGGACUUUCAACUGCCCGAGAGGUUCAACUUGUCGUUCGCAAGUCAGGACUCAGUUCACGGCGGGUUUUCUCGCCCCGUAAUCAUUCACAGAGCUAUCUUUGGAUCAGUUGAGCGUUUUUUUGCUAUGAUCCUUGAGCAUACAGCAGGGAAGGUUGCAAUCCUUCCAGUCUCACAGGACCAGGUCUCGUAUGCUCAACAAGUCGAAACCACCUUGAUCGAGAAGGGGUUUUGUGCGUAUGUUGAUGAUUCGGACAACACGUUGAAGAAGAAGAUCCGGCAAAAUCAACUGCUGCAAUACAACUACAUCCUUGUUGUUGGCAAAGAGGAGGUGGAGUUAUCGGCGGUGAAUGUUCGCUCGCGAGACAACGUGGUGCAUGGAACCAAAACUUUGCAAGACUUCAUUGAGCAGCUGAAAGGAGAAGUUGAAAGUUUCCUUUGA